AUGGCUAAUAAUUGCACUAGUCUUUAAGGAUUCUUAAUAUUUGAUAUAGUAGUUGGAGGAACAGGAUCUGGGUUUGGAUCAUUAUUGCUAUAAGAUUAUCAGUUGAUUAUUGAAAAAGGCAAAAUUAGGGCUUACAAUUUAUCCAUCUCCAUAGAUAUCAACAGUUGCUGUAGAGCCAUACAAUUCAAUUUUAUGCAAUUCUUUGUUAGAGCAUACAGAUGUUUGUGUUAUAUUAGAUAAUAAAGCAAUCUAUGA